AACGGGUAAGAUAAAAGUUGAUAUACAUGGUUUCUCCACCAUUUAAGGAGGUAGAGAAAGGCUUCUCCGCCAUUUAAGGAGGAUUGACGUGUCUUUGGGUACACUUAUGAGAAAGGUUUCUCCACCAUUUAAGGAGGUAGAAAUUGACGUGCCUUUGGGUACACUUAUGAGUGAUUGAGUGAAAGUAGUGUGUAAAAGUGUCACCAGGUGGAAUCAGCGCACAGAGUGGAAACCUAACGGUGAUAACAAAAACUCUGUGGUCUGUUGAAGUACACUAGUGGUGAAUUAGGAAUUAGGUUCUGACCGGCACGUUGUCCAGUAGGAACACAAAGCUAGAAUAAUGGGGUCCAAUGGGAGUAAGCCUGCCGCUACAGGGGACAUGAGAUAUAUGGAAAUAUAUAGUCAUGGCAGCACCAGUUAUUGUAGCAAAUGGUAUAAACUGUACGGCUUCCGAGGAAAGUUGGAGAAAACAGCAGUAAGAGAAUUAAGCGACAAAUUGAGAGCAGAAACAGCUGGAACAACACAAGGCAAGAAAAGAAAGAAGUUAGAAGCUCAACUGCGAGUCGCAGCUUUAUGGGCUGAACAAGCCCAUAAAAGGAGCAGGCAGAGGCAGAGGAGGAGGCAGAAACGCAGAAGGCAAAUUCCUCUGCUACAGGUGCGGAAAGGAGGGGCACAUGGCGAGGGACUGUGAGGAACAGAUGUCACAGAUAAAAGAAGGGGGACAAAAGGGACAGUACAAAGACGAAAGACAUGGCCCCCCCCCUUCACAUAACCUACAUAGUUAUGACAACUGACUAGACGUAGAAAAGGAAGAAGAGGACGUCCACACACAUCACAUUGACCUUUCUGAAGUAUUACUGAAUCUGUCAGACAACAGUAUUAAACCUACCAGAACAAUCGAAAUCAAUGGGGAAAAAUUAGAAUUUUUAUGUGACAGCGGUGCAGACUCAUCAGUAGUGAACAAAGAGUUCCAAAGAAUGUGGCCACCAACUGGCACUAUGUUUGUAAAAUCAGCAAAUGGACACAUAAAUCAGAGGUCGAUUUCAAAGCCACUUUUUAUGGAAGAUAGAAGGUCAGGCCUCCAGGCAUCCCUCAAAUUUGUGUUCAUCUCAAACUGCCCUGUCAAUUUGCUAGGGAGAGACGGCAUGGAAAUGUUAAAAAUCAGUGUAGUACCAGUCAAAGGGGGAAUGCGAGCAGUAGGGCCCGGAGAAAAGGUGGAAGACCAGGUCUUCCUUCAAAAAUCCAUAAACACCCCCAACUACUACUGGUCACUAGACAUGCCACAACCUGACGUGACAAACACAGGUGAACACCUGUUAACACUAUUCACCCCACAACAUGGCCAAGAAGUAAUGAAACCUGACGCAUUGCACGUUACACUAAAGUACAAGAACACCCCUGGCCCAGACAAAGACUAUGAUGUGCUCGUGCAUCGACUGACACCACAGAGGGUAGUGUUCCACUCGAUGUAUGCAAACCAACACGGGGAUGUUGUAAUUGACGCUAGGGUCCCAUCAACCACUGCCUUGAUAAUGGAACCAGGUUCCACGCCACACAUAUCAGUAGCUAAGGGCCCAGGGACUUCAUGGAGAGACUUAGGUUUAUUAGUGGCUAGAGGUAACAGGAUAACAAAAUGGACAGAUGACAAAAACGGUUGGCAAACUGGAGGCGGGUUAAAGCGCAAAACUCUAGGGUUUACUCUAGUGAUGACACCACGCGCCCACCUAGACGACCCUGAACAACAAUGAUGUAUGCUAAGUGAAGAGGCCUUAGAGGUCCUGAAAACGGUGCCGCCAUGCGUAUGGUCACAAGGAAAAUGUGAUGUAGGUCGCAUGGUGAACGCAAAACCUGUACACGUUAGACCAAAAACUAACUACAGACCUAACAUAAGACAAUACCCCUUAAAAGAGGAUGCAAAAGUUGGCAUCAAACCUGUAAUUGAAGAAAUGCUAAAAGCAGGGAUCCUGCGUGAGUGCCCUGAUGCAUCAUGCAAUACCCCCAUCUUCCCAGUAAAAAAGGCUGAUGGGCAGUCAUGGAGAAUGAUUCAAGACUUAAGAGCAGUAAAUGAUGCUGUACAAAGCACAGCCCCAACAGUACCAGAUCCACACACGUUAAUGAACGGCCUUAAGCCAAAUAUGGCAUGGUUCUCAGUGAUAGACUUGAGCAAUGCCUUUUUCUCCAUUCCUGUAGAAAAAGACUCACAAGGAUGGUUUGGGUUCACACAUGAAGGAACAAAAUACACAUACACCAGAUUACCUCAGGGGUAUGUGGAUAGCCCAACAAUCUUUUCACAAGAAAUAGCAAAUUGUUUGGCUACAUUACAGAUACCUGACACAUCGCAGAUUUUGGUAUAUGUAGAUGAUAUUCUUGUUGCGUCACCCACACAGGAAGAAAGCACAAAAGUCACACUACAAGUAUUGACACAUUUGGCCAAAACAGGAAACAAGGUUUCAAGACAGAAACUUCAGUUUGUGAAAGAGGAAGUGAUCUUUUUAGGCCACAAUUUAAACCGAGAAGGGAGACGCAUACACUCAGAGAGGAAACAGACGGUGUUAAACGCACCAAAGCCAACAACAAAAAAACAAAUGAUGCAAUUCCUUGGGCUGACUAACUAUUGCAGAGCAUGGAUUCCAGACUACGCAGGAAUGACUCAGCCCCUACUAGAUUGCAUAUACUCAGACAAUGACAUGAAAAUGUCCGGCAAGAUAGAAUGGACACAAGAGGCAGAAGCUGCAUUUGAAAGGACUAAACAGUGUCUCGUAGGGUCAUCAGUGUUAGCAUUACCAGACUAUGAAAAACCAUUUGUACAAACAGUUGACUGCAAAAAAGGGUUUAUGACAUCAGUAUUGGCACAAAAACACGGCACAAAACUAAGGCCUGUCGCUUACUACUCUAAAAGGUUAGACCCAGUAGCACAAGCAUUACCAGUAUGCGUACAAGCAGUAUGUGCGGCAGCAAUGGCGGUACAUUGUACAGCAGAAAUAGUUUUGUUCCACCCACUCACACUGAUGGUUCCACACGCAGUCACCAUGUUGUUACAUGACACCAAAAUGGCUUUCUUAUCACCUGCACAUUAUUUGGCACUGACAGCUACACUAAUGUCACAACCACACAUUGUGAUAAAAAGAUGUAAUAUCUUAAAUCCAGCCACAUUAAUACCUACAGCAGAAGAUGGAGAACCACACUGUUGUAAAGAAGAGACUGACAGAACAUGCAAACCAAGACCAGAUUUGAAAGACAUACAACUACUCAGUGGCGAAACAUGGUUUGUGGAUGGGUCCUGUUCUAAAUCUAUAACAGGCCAAAAUCAAACAGGGUUUGCAGUUGUAUCACACUCACAGGUCAUAAAAGCAGGCCGACUCCCCCACACAUAUUCUGCACAAGCAGCGGAAUUAGUAGCUCUUACAGAAGCAUGCAAAGCGGGGGUUGGAAAAGAUGUGACUAUGUGGACAGACAGCCAGUAUGCGCACUCAACAGUACAUAUAUUUGCAGCCCAAUGGGCCCGCAGGGGCAUGAAAACAUCAACAGGAAAACCAGUCACCCAUGCACAGCUGCUGACUGAUCUUUUAAAAGCGGUGUUGUUGCCGAAAAGCAUUGCUAUAUGCAAAUGCGCUGCGCACACCAGUGGGAAGGAUGCAGUAACACUUGGCAAUGCACACGCGGAUAAGGUAGCGAAGCUAGCAGCUAUGGGCGAAUAUGGGUUCCAUAUCCUCUUGCAGAAGGGGGAAAGUGUUUCACAACCAAUACCUCUUGUGAUAUUAAGGGAUAUGCAGAACAACGCACCCGACAGAGAAAAGAAGAAAUGGUUGACAGAUGGAGCAACCACAGACCCUGAGGGAACAUUCAGAAUAAACAACAAGAUAGUACUCCCUGUUAGUCUCUACAAAACAGCAGCUCAUUUGAGUCAUGGGCCGUGCCAUGUCUCAACAGGAGGGAUGGUGACAAUAAUAAAUGAACAUUUCCAUACAUACAACUACAUUACAUUUUCUAAAAACUUUUGUAGAGCCUGUGUAGUAUGUUGCAGACACAAUGCUCAAGGCAAUGAGCGACCACAGAGAGGAAAGUUCCCUCCACCAACAUACCCAUUUCAACACAUGCAUAUGGACUUAAUCGAACUAACACCAUGCCAAGGGUACAAAUACUGUUUGGUAAUGAUAUGUCCGUUUUCAAAGUGGGUUGAAAUAUUCCCAGCAAAACAUGCAGACGCUAUUACCGUAGCAAAAGCCAUAUGCAAGACAAUAAUACCAAACAGAGGUAUUCCAGAGAAACUGUACAGUGAUAAUGGGUCUCAUUUUGUAAAUCAGGUUAUUACCAAACUGUCCGAACAUAUGGGGAUAACAUUAAAAAACCAUUGUGCAUAUCAUCCACAGAGUGCAGGCUUAGUGGAAAGAACAAACGGAACAGUAAAGUUAAGACUAAGGAAAACAGCUGAAUGGAUGAGCAGACUCUUCAGAAGCAAUGAGAUAGCUCGAACAAAUAACCUGCCAGACAUUUCUACUCCCUUGCAGGACACUCGAGUGCAGACUGGUGACCAGGUCCUCGUGAAGGUGAUUAAGAGGAAGCAUUGGCACUGUCCACGGUGGGACGGUCCCUACACGGUACUGCUGACAACACCGACUGCACUAAAAAUCGCCGAAAGAACUACGUGGAUACAUCAGAGCCACUGCAAAAAGAUAAUACCUCUCCAACUUAACGAUGGAUAAGUGGUGGAAGUCCGGCUACAAAGGGCGGUGUUUCAUUAGGAAAUACUGGUCUCAACCCCGGUGAAGAAAACAA